AUGAGUCCUGCCCCAGGGCCUCACCGCAAGCCCUUGCCGGGCUACGCAGUUCCACCGCCGCAGCAAGCAUACCCCAGACCACCAUCUCUGCCUAGUGGCCCGUCGUCGAAUGGGUCAUCGCCGGCGUAUAGCAUGACAUCGCAACAAGCAGCAAUCGACGCUUACGGGCAGUCAAGCCGUCGCACACCGUCGAACGGCACGAUCUCGACCGCCGCCUCAACCAGCCCCAAUCCUGGUCUGCAAAGAGCGCCGACCACCUCCGGCUUCAGCGUAGCUUCUGCUCCUCGAAGAUCAACAUCGUCCCGGAGUACGUCUUCAUUGUCACCCACAUCAUAUGUCGCUCUCAUGCGGAGGCAGAAGGCUACGGUAUGGUGUGAUCGAGCGCAGCAUGAAGACCCACGGAUACUGGCGGCACAACGAGCAGCCAAGACCCGCGCCGCUAUGGAGGUAGCAGGUGGCCACGCUCACGCACCAGCAGGCAGAGUAAGUACGAGUAGUUCGGGCAUGGUAGGCGGCGUGAGAAGCAAGAUCAGACAUCAUGGUGCACCAAAAGCCAGCACGUACACUGGUGGACCGAACAUGACUGGCGCCGGCGUGCCUAUGCGGCUUAGUGCGAGCGAAGUCGGCGGCGAGAACGAUAGUGACGAAGACAAUUACAAUAAUAAUCGAUAUCACUCUCGGAACGGCAGCGGUCGGUCGAGCUUGGGCAGUGGAAACAAAGGGCAGCAUGGCAGCUUUCUCGGUUCGACUAGAGGGUACAGCAACGGCUCGACACCCACCAGUGGUCACAGUCCGGUCGAAAGUAUGGGCGACUUACUGGAAGAGGAGACGCCUGUACCGGAUCAGUACCGGGCACAGGCCGAUUAUUUCCAGCAGCCAGGCGGUCGGGGUGGUAGCGGGAGCAGUGGCGAGCAGGAGCAGCAGUUUGGUGGCGUUGGUGGGCUACCACAAACUCGAGGUGGAAAGCUCGAUGUUGUAGAUCGUAAGACUUCUGAUGAGCUGAGGAGGAGAGGUAGUGUGGAUGAUCGGACGACGACGAUGACAGGAGUGCGGCUGUUCGUCGCUAAUCCGGAUAUGGACGACUGA